GCUUAGGAACUCCAGCCUCACCUGAUCUCCAAAUGGACCUCAGCUGCUCCUGCGCCACUGGUGGCUCCUGCACCUGUGCCAGCUCCUGCAAAUGCAAAGAGUACAAAUGCACCUCCUGCAAGAAGAAUUGCUGCUCCUGCUGCCCUGUGGGCUGUGCCAAAUGUGCCCAGGGCUGCAUCUGCAAAGGGGCAUUGGAGAAGUGCAGCUGCUGUGUCUAAUGUUGGGACAGCCCUGCGCCCAGAUGUAAAUAAUGCAACCCCUACAAACCUAGUUUUUUUUUUUUUAAGUACAAACCUAACCCAUUUACUAUGUCUGUUUUCUUAAGUGAAAUAUGGGAAUGAUAAUAAACAUUAUUGGCCUUA